GCCCAUGUCCCUUGCAAACACUUUUGGCCCUCUCCUCGCUUUUCCUUGGGCUUGCUAGGCCCGUAUCGCAAACACGCCCCUCACCUCGUUGGCGAUAUUUAGCCCUUGCGCCCAGCGUCCAACAUUGACAUUGACAUUGGCAUUUCGAUAUUCAGAUUCCACAGAGCACAUCCCACGUGACGUCGACCGAAGUGUCGGGGCUCAACGAAACAUGCCAAGAGUCUUCAAGUUUCUCAAGACUGCGCUUGCACCUAGCAUUGGAAGUUCCGCGCCGCAGGAGGUAGUCGACAAGAAUAAUUCGUCGCCCAAGGCAUCAUUCACUUCCUCGGCAGACGACACAUGGCUUCCAGACUUCGAUCCGCUCACAGUCACGGCCUUUGAACUGUCCGAACUUCUGAAUGCACGAGCAAUUACAAGUGUGCAAAUAGUACAACUGUACCUGAAAGAGAUUGCAUUACACAACCGAAGAGGCAGACAAUUAAGAGCAUUGAUUUCUGUUGCCCCAAAACAUGAACUAUUGAGGAUAGCACGCAAGCUGGACGAUGAACGAGCAAGAGGCAAGAUAAGAGGCCCACUUCAUGGCAUUCCAAUAGUAAUCAAGGAUAACAUCAUGACGGAUGAGACGCUGGGAAUGGAUACGACAGUCGGCUCCUAUGCUUUUGUAGGCUGCAUACCUAAGAAGAGCGCGACCGUUGUCGACCGUCUGAUCAAGCGAGGGAUGAUUAUCAUUGGAAAAUCGAACCUUACAGAAUUCUGUGGUCUUAAGAAUCCUUCAAUGCCUCCAGGAUGGUCAGCAGUCGGCGGACAGUGUCAGUCACCAUAUGUUUCAAGACACAUCGCAAAACGAAAACUACAUUGGGAACUGUCAGCUCCUGGAGGUUCCUCAACAGGAUCAGCCGUGGCUGUAGCAUCAGGCUUUAGUACGCUAGCGAUUGGCACGGAUACUAUCGGAUCACUUAUUACGCCAGCAAACCGCGCGGCCCUCUACGCAUUGAAACCUACAGUUGGAGAGGUUCCGAUGGACGGAAUCUUCAACCUGAGCAAGACAUUUGAUUCAGUUGGUGGCAUGGCCAAAUCUGCAAAGGACCUUGUGGCGCUUAUGGACGCCUUGAUGGUGCCCACCAACAGAGAAGAGAAUGUCCCGAGUCCACAUAGAUCGUUCAAGAUCAAGCCAGAUUUUGGUACGCUUCGAAUCGGCAUCUGUGAGCCGUCAAUCUGGAAGUCAUGGCGCAAGAAUGGGCGCAUUAAUGCUGACGCUGAGAGAUUUAUGACCCAGAAGUACGACAUGAUUGUUCAGAGCAUGAUCGAGAUGGGCGUCGAUGUUGUCUACCCGGUCGAAUUACCCAAUCCAAUGAGCUUGACCAUCGAUGGCAAGAACUGCUUCGAGCCAGUUGUCUACGCUGAAUUCAAAGAUUGCUUAUCAGAGUUCAUCCGCGAUUUUAAGGUGACCAAGAUGCAUUCAUUGGCUGAGAUUAUCAACUUUAAUCUGGAGCAUCCAGAACUGUGCCUCCCACCGACAUGUCCAGAUCAGAAUGAUCUAAUGGCCGCCCUGCAAUCCAGCAUCAAGCGCGAAGAAAUCAAUGCCGCACGACAACACCUUCAGACCGCCGGCGGACCUGAAGGCCUCGACUUUCUCUUCGCCUCGCGCUCUCUCGAUAUCAUCAUGGCACCCGGAGAUGCCGCAUUGUCAACGCUUGCAGCAGCGGCAGGAUACCCAACUGCCGCGUGUCCACUGUCCGCUCUCAAACUCAACGGCCAACCUUUUGGCAUCACGCUCGCCUCACGUCCACACACCGAACACACACUCCUCCACUUCCUAACCGCAUACGAAAACAUUUUCCCGCCCCGCGCCCUUCCCAUGCCGCUUUCGUCGGUGCCGCUCCAAGACCCCAACCCAGAACCGCUCCCCGAUCAGCCCAUUGUCGAUCUUAUUCUGCAUGAAUGGGACACGCGAAGAUUCAGUUGCAGUGCGGAUGCGCUGGCGGACUGGCUCAACGCGCGCUGGCGUAAGAGCGGGUACGAACUUAGUGCUGAGACGGUGUGUGAGGUUCUGAGGAGUAAUGGGCGGAUUGCAUUUAGAGGCCUGGGUGAUGAUGCUGAAGGUGCUUUUUCACGGUAGUUGCUCUGUGAGCCUUUUUUUUUACAUGACCAUCAGGAAUUUCGUUAUUAUCAUUUUCAUACCAGGGUUUCAUGCAUAUUUGGCAGCUUGUAUCAUUUUUGGGGGAUAUUAGCGUGGUGUUUUAGGACAAUUACUAUUCAGUGCCAAUCCCUAUGGGAGACGAGCUACCUGGUACCUACGGUCGUAACUAAGGAGGGUAGUGUUACAUGAAAUACGUUGUAAUUGGUGUCGCGUAUACGCUUAUGUAAUUUCUAUGGCUUUUGUAUGGCUUUCUUUCUACUAGGUAUUAAACUUAUUCAUAUUUAAUGAGCAUUAAAGUAGUCCUAUUGUGAAUUGGGCAAUAGUUAAAACCAGCCCUAUCUCUCUC